GACAGACCUGAGUGCUGCCAGAUCUCUGGAGCUUUCUUUGCUGUUAUGAGAAAGUAAACAGCUCUAUCUAUUAAGUCCAGGACCUCAACCCUCAAGUGUAUGUGUGCACGAGUGUGUGUGUGUGUUUGAGAGAGAGAGAGAGAGAGAGAGAGACAGAGAGACAGAGAGAGACAGAGAGACAGAGACAGAAAGGGAGAAAGACACAGAGAGAGGGAGGAGAAAAAGGACCAGAGAGAGAGAGAAAGAGAGAGAGAGAGAGGCUGCAGUGCGUAAGGAUGGGAGUAGCUCCUGGGUGGAGACACGGCUGACAGCUCAGCUUGCGGAGUGGAGAGGAGUGGGACUUCCUGGGAGAACCCCCCUGGAUGGAUGCAUGGACGCAUGGGAGUCUACCGCGUGAAAGAAGGCUGUGACGGAUGUGAAUGAUUUGACAAGAUGGCCUCUCUUCAGUCCACUCCAAUCCAAGACUCCAUGUCUAUCAGAUUGCCUCCAAUGCAUCAGCACCAGCUGGAGGAUGACGAUGAUGAAGAAGAGGAGUACGGAGAGAAGUUUGAGUUUGACGACUCCGAUGAAGAUGGCGGCCAGGCCUCAAAGAGCUCUGAGGUGGGCGGAGAAUACUACUCAUGCGUGGAUGACGCUGCCGCAGCAGCAGCAGCAGCAGCAGCAGGGGCCUCCAAGCCAACGGUGGUCCUGAGCACGUUCCAGAACCCGGUGCUGCCCAACCCACUGUCCAGGGCCGGGACCUCCAUGGUCCAUGAGGACCACCUCAACAACCCAGAUAUGGUGGCCAGAGAGUCUCCGGAUGGAAGCUCUGUGGAACCAAAAGAAUCAGAGGAGACAGAGACCACCUGGAAGGCAAAUAACAUCUAUGAAGGUUCACAGCCUGAGUGUUACUACACCCCAGUCCUUAAAAAGGCUGACCGCCCUCAGGCUCUGACAGGCUCCACUACUGGUGGUCGCCCUCGUGCUGCCACAGUUCCUGCUGAUGGUCCCGAACGUGUGGAUGAAAGACGUCCUUCAACACCACCUGCGCCUCCUGCUGCUGCGCCUCCUGCUGCCCCUGGUCGACCUCCUGCUCCAUCGACGGCUCCUCCUGCUGCACCUCCUCCUGCUGCAUCGACCCCUCCUCCUGGUGGACCUCAGGCUGUACCUACUGCUGCUGCUGUUGGGCCUCCUGCAUUUAUUCCUGCACCUCCAGCUGCACCUCAGGCUGCAUUUACUUCACCUCCUCCUCCUGGCACUCCUCCUCCUGCUGCGUCUCCUGCGUCUCCUGCUGCCCCUUCUCCGGCAGCCACCGCAGCAGCUCCUGUUCAUGAGGUCAUUUAUGACGAUGUGCCCUGCGAGAGCUCAAUGGCCCACCAUGCAGUGGAUGAGCAGGUGUACGAGGACGUGCAAAGACCAGACGACUUCCUGGGAGCCGAUAACGGCUGGAGCUCCAGCGAGUUCGAGAGCUACGACGAGCAGUCAGACGAGGAGACCACCAAGCCCCCGGCUCGCAGCAAGGUGCAGCAGCUCAUGAAAGCUGCCCGCGACGGCACCAAGGAUGGGCUUGAGAAGACCAAAAUAGCCAUGAUGCGCAAAGUCUCCUUCCUCAACAAGAAAGAGCUCACAGAGGACGCAGAGGAUGAGUCUGGCUAUCUGGACGUGACUUUAUCUGAGGUGAAACACCCGCCCCCUGAGCUCUGCCCCAUGCCAGAAGGCCUCACUAGCCAGCAGAUUGUGAGACGUCACAUCCUCGGCUCCAUCAUUGACAGCGAGCGAAGCUACCUGGAAUCCUUGAAGAGAAUACUGCAGGACUACCAGAAACCCUUACUGGAGGCCGAGCCAAAGAUCCUCAGCACUAAGAAGAUCCAGCCCAUCUUCCACCGCCUGAAGGAGAUCACACAGUGCCACUCCAUGUUCCAGAUCGCGCUGGCGUCACGUGUCGCCGAGUGGGACGCCACCGAGACCAUCGGUGACCUGUUUGUAGCCUCGUUUUCCAAGUCCAUGGUCCUGGAUGUGUACAGCGAGUAUGUCAACAACUUCACCAGCGCCAUGGCACUCAUUAAAAAGGCCUGCAUGUCCAAACCAGCCUUUCUGGAGUUCCUGAAGAGGAAGCAGGCGUUGAGCGCUGACAGGAUCACGCUGUACGGUCUGAUGGUUAAGCCCAUCCAGCGCUUCCCCCAGUUUAUCCUGCUGCUACAGGACAUGUUGAAGAACACCCCAGUGGGCCAUCCGGACCGUCUCCCCCUGCAGCUGGCCCUGACGGAGCUGGAGACGUUGGCCGAGAAGCUCAACGAGCAGAAGAGAGUAGCCGACCAGCUCGCCGAGAUACAGCAGCUCGCACGCAGCCUCGGAGACCGCAAUUUCAGCAAGCAGCUCAGUGCUGACCAGCGGCAGCUGGUUCUGUGUGAGACCCUCAUUGAGACCGUGUACGGCGACAAGGGCCAAGUGCUGAAGUCGAAGGAGCGCAAGGUCUUCCUCCUCAACGACUCUCUCAUAUGCGCCAACAUCAACCUCAAGGGUCCACCCGACAUCAGUAGCCUGGUCCCUGUGGGGCCGAAGUACAUGGUGAAGUGGAGCGCCCCCUUGCUGCAGACGCAGGUAGUGGAGGUUGGCCAGGAGGUCUCUGGGCCCAGCAAGGAGAACCUGUUCCAGCCGCCCAGCAGCACCAGGCGCCUCAGCGGCAGCACCCCAGGUAAAGUGUUCCUGGGACCGCCGCGGCUCUACCAGGAGCUGCAGGAGCUUCAGCACGACCUGUCGGUAGUGGAGGAGGUGACACUACUGGUGGGGACACUGCAGGGAGAGUACCAGAACCUGAACACCACUGUGGGGCAGGACUGGUGCCUGGCUCUGCAGCGCCUCAUCCGCAUCAAAGAGGAGGAGAUCCAGUGUGCUAACAAGUGCCGCCUGCGACUCAUGCUGCCCGGAAAACCAGACAAGUCUGGGCGGCCGGUCAGCUUCAUGGUGGUCUUCAACACUCCCAAUCCCCUCAGCAAGAUCUCCUGGGUCAACCGCCUGCACCUGGCCAAGAUCGCACAAAGGGAAGAGAACACGCCGGGGUGGGUGUUUGCAGAUGACGACGAGGACAAAACCAAGCCACCUUUCUGGUGCCCCUUGCUCGCCUGCCGCAUGCCAGCUUUCACCAUCAAGUCACAGGAGUGGAAGCUGGAGACCGCUCUCCAUAACCCGGUGCAGUGUGCUCUCCUGGGCUUCUUUGCUGCCAGCACCUCCCUGCCUCAGGGAUACCUGUGGGUGGGCAGCAGGGGUGAUGACUCGCGUGGCCAGGUGGAGAUCUUCUCCCUCAACAGGGCCACGCCGCGCUCCGUCAAGUCCUUCCCCGUGGGAGCUCCGGUGCUGUGCCUGGAGUACGUGACCGCGCCGGAGCCCAGUGCCUUUGACGAGGACGGAGAGGGGGAGGCACAGGAGGUGGACAAGGGAGCAGGAGAAGGAGGAGGAGGAGGAGGAGGGGGAUGGGGGAUGGAGGCGGGAGGCGCGGCUAAAAUCGGAAACACCAUCUGCGUGGGGCUGAGGGACGGGAGCAUCCUGGUGUACGGAACUGUGGAUGCUACCACCCAGUGUCUGCAGACCUUCCGGAAUCCAGAAGGAAUUCCGGUUCUGUGUCUGAAGCAAUCCGGAAAGUUCCUAUUCGCCGGACUGAUGAAUGGCAAUGUGCUUGUGUACAGUCGGAAUAGCGAAGAUGGCCGUUGGGAGGCGGGGCCAGGGCCGGGGUCGGGCAGACAAGUGCCGGUGGGCGGAGCUGGCGUGAAGACCCUGCUGGGGGUGGAGCCCUGUGUCUGGGCCUGCUGUGGCAACCACGUCACUGUCAUCAACAACACUACCCUGCACACACAGAGUUUCGAAGCACACCCAGACCCGGCGGUGAGUGUGACCCAUAUGGUGCGUGCUGGAGGGGGCGUGUGGAUGGCCUUCUCGCAGGGCUCCUCUCUGCGCCUCUUCCACACCGAGACGCUGGAGCACCUCCAGGAGAUCAACGUCUCCACGCGCCCAGCCUUCCUCGGCCCAGCGGGCCAGAGGGCAGUGUGUGUGACCAGCCUGCUGAUCAGCCAGGGGCUGCUGUGGGUGGGCACGGCACAGGGCAUCAUCCUCACCUUCCCCGUCCCCAAGCUGGAGGGCAUUCCCAAAAUAACCGGUAAGGCCAUGACGUCCCUCAACGCCCACAACGGCCCGGUGGACUUCCUGGUGUCCACCUUCAGCACGCUGUCCCCAGACCUGCUGAAGCGCGACUCCGUUACCGACGCCAUGGACUCCAUGUGUCUAGGGGGCACCGCAGCGUCCAGUUCCAACGCCACAGGAGGAGCGGACGAGAAAAAGAACGUCACCUCACAGGACUCCCCCCAGCUCAGUGGUGGCGGCAGCAGCUCUUCCCCCCAGGCUGACCCCAGGAGGCCCAAGGGGGUGCUGCUUCAGUACCGGCUGCGCUCCACCACUCAGCUCCCGGGCAAGCUGCUCUCGGCGGACCCUGAGGACCCGACCGGAUCCAGCUGCUCCGUGUCGUCCGCCACAUCCGGGCAGCAGGAGUGGCCCGAGCACGGCCCGGAGGACGGCUCCAUCUACGAGCUGAGCGAUGAUCCAGAGAUCUGGGUGCGUGGCCGGCCGGCGCUGAGGGGGGAGUCUUCGGCGGGGGCCGGGGCUUCCGGAGGAGGAGGCACCCAGCGGAGGGAGCGCGUCACGUCGGCAGCCAUCGUCUCGGGCGGAAAGGGGUUCCGGCGGCUCGGCAUGUCCAGGACCGCUACCUACUCGUCUUCGUCGUAUUCGUCAUCGUCAUCGGUGGCGGCAGCAGCGGCGGCGGGAGACUGUGGUGGUGGAGGUUUCGCCAACUCCUCUUCGUCAUCCUCCUCAUCGUCCUCGGGGCAGGAGAGCAUGCUCAUGGUCUGGCAGCUCCCACUCACUGUCUGAGCCGUACGGUGUGAUGCGGUCCGCUGCAGUGAAGUGAAGUGCAGUGACUACUCCACUGAGCAUCAUACGACACGCAUCAUCACCCUGCAUGACAGGAGAGGAGAGGAGAGGAGAG